CAUUGCAUUUCACAUAGCCUUGCUUUCCCAAAAGUUGUUCUCAUCCAGGGUGGACUGCAGUUUCGACCUCGCAUCGGUCAACACCCUCAGGGGGAGUCGAACCGCGACAGUGCAGGAUGGCAGCUUGACACGCCAACCACUCAGCUACACUGCCACGAGGGCCUUUUGGGUCACAGGGCAAAUAAUAUGAUAUGGCAAAAAGACCUGGCCUUCCUUGAAAAUUUACAUUUGCCCUGUGACCCAAAAGGUGCUCGUGGCAGUGUAGCCGAGUGUUUGGCGUGUCAAGCUGCCAUCCUGCACUUUCGCGGUUCGACUCCCCCUGAGGGUGUUGACAAGACCGAUGCGAGGCCGAAACUGCAGUCCACCCUGGAUGAGAACAACUUUUGGGAAAGCAAGGCUAUGUGA